AUGUCUUUGCCGCAGAGGCCAGGCAAGCCCUCUCCUCGGCGCGACGAAGGCCGCGCAUUUCGCGAAUCCUAUCAGCGCCGUCGACGAGAUAUCGACUCGGGCGCUUACAGCGAUGACCCCAUUUCCCCUUCCCACCGACAUCGUCGCCGACAUUCCAGCCACCGAAGAGCAAUGGACACCGACGAAGAGCGCAUGGACCGGAGCGGCGAUGUGAGACACAAAAAACGCAUGGUCAAACCAGAGCGUAGGAACGACGACCGCGAACAACCCAACUAUCACUAUCGUCAAAAAUCAACCCACAUGCCCACUUAUCCCUCGACAACGGGAAACGAUCCGCUGUUGGAUAACAGAGAUGGCGAGGCGGAGACGAACAGCUCGCGCAGCAUGGACAUGAAGAACAAGGAUGGUCUGUACGGUGCGCGGGGUAAUGUCAACAAGCCCAUGGAGCGGGUUCCUAGUAGACGUCGCUCAAAGAAGAAGAAGAGAGGCUCGCGGAGGUCAUCGAAGGGAGCUGCGGAUGAACAGAAACGCCUGAAGGCUAUGCAGCAGAGUGGCCCGCCCGAGCUCUGGCCAACAUAUUGUACCGUGCUCACAUUCUUCAUCCCGGACUUUGUGCUAAAAUGCUUCGGCAUGCCACAGAAAGAGCAGCGCACUGCUUGGCGGGAGAAGAUUGGCCUCAUCAGCAUCAUUCUGAUGGUCGGUGCUUUUGUUGGUUUCCUGACUUUCGGUUUCACGGCUACGGUUUGUGGUUCACCCCCGGUUCGAUUGAAGGUCAACGAAAUCAGUUCCAACUACAUGAUCUUCCACGGAAGGACAUACGACUUGGCCGGUUCAAAACACCCCGCUGCCGCUGGUAUUCCCGGUGGUUCCAAUGUUAUCUACGACUUGCCACACAAAUAUGGCGGACAGGAUGGCAGCUUCUUCUUUCAGCAGGUGAAUGGUGCGUGCAAGGGGUUGAUUACGGCUCAACCUGGUAGUGAUAUUCCAACAAAUUCCAAUGGAGAUCUCGGGUGGUAUUUCCCCUGUGCACCCUUCAACCAGGAUGGUUCGUCCUCGCCAAAUUUAACCGCUCCAUUUUACACGGGCUGGGCUUGCCACACCAGCAAAGCGGCUCGUGAGCCAUUCUACUCGCUGAAAAGUGAUGGAGAUGUGUACUACACAUGGGAGGAUACGAAGAACAAGAGUCGAAACCUGGCGGUAUACUCCGGAAAUGUGCUCGACCUUGACCUUCUCGCUUGGUUCGACCGUACUCAGGUGUCCUAUCCCAAACAAUUCGACGAGCUCCGCAAGAACCCGGAUGUCCGCGGUGUUGAUCUUACUUACUACCUACAAAGUGGGGAAGAGAAGAAGAUCGGCAAGUGCUUGGCGCAGAUUAUCAAAGUCGGCAGCAUCGACACUGAUACUAUUGGCUGUAUCGCGUCGAAAGUCGUGCUCUACGUAUCCCUGAUCUUUAUUCUCUCCAUCGUGGUUGUGAAAUUCGCUUUCGCCCUGCUUUUCCAGUGGUUCCUGAUCAACAGGUAUGCCGCGCAGACCACGAGCAUGUCCUCCGAUGCUCGGACUCGCAAUCAGCAGAUCGAAGACUGGUCCAACGACAUCUAUCGGCCCGCUCCUCGAAUCGCCGAAACCACCAUUUCCGAUCGCUUCAGCAAACGUUCCAGUUUCUUCCCGACCACUUCCCGUUUCUCGAGUCCGUACAAUGUGAGCAGCAGCACUGGCAGCAAGCAAAAGCCCAUGUAUAUCACGAUGGCGAGCCAGAACUCAACUUCUCGUCUCAUGCCCAGCUCUAGUCCUAGCACUAUGUACAAGUUAAGCCACAGUGGUAGCGGGGGAACCCUGAGCGCUGAUAACUCUCGGCAUAACCCUGCUGCAAGUCGGACUAGCUUGAUUCCUCCCGCCCAGGGUCAGCAAGAUUCGGGUUAUACCACACUGUCGACGGAUCAUGAUGGCUCGGGUCCUGCUGCCUUCAUUCACGAGGCUGUUGUUCCUCAGCCUCCGCCUGAAUGGCAGCCAUUCGGCUACCCUCUAGCUCACAGUCUUUGUCUGAUUACUUGCUACUCUGAAGGCGAAGAGGGUAUCAGGUCGACUUUGGAUUCAAUUGCCACGACCGACUACCCGAACAGCCACAAAACGAUCUUGGUCAUCUGUGAUGGUCUUAUCAAGGGCCAGGGAGAGGAAUUUUCCACGCCAGAUAUUGUCUUGGGCAUGCUCAAGGACCCUGUUAUUCCCAAGGACGAGGUCCAGCCCUAUUCCUAUGUGGCCGUCGCUACUGGCUCCAAGCGACACAAUAUGGCCAAAGUCUACACUGGGUUCUACGACUACGGCGAUACUUCGAUCAUCCCGGCGGAAAAGCAACAGCGUGUUCCUAUGAUGGUGGUUGUCAAGUGCGGAACUCCACAGGAGUCAACGCUAUCAAAGCCUGGUAAUCGAGGCAAGCGAGACAGUCAGAUCAUUCUCAUGUCUUUCCUCCAGAAGGUCAUGUUCGAUGAGCGUAUGACGGAACUCGAGUUUGAGAUGUUCAAUGGCCUGUGGAAUGUCACAGGCAUCGCGCCGGACUUCUACGAGCUUGUUCUCAUGGUCGAUGCCGAUACCAAGGUGUUCCCGGACAGCUUAACACACAUGGCCUCGGCCAUGGUGAAGGACCCAGAAAUCAUGGGUCUCUGCGGAGAGACCAAGAUCGCUAACAAGACCGACAGCUGGGUAUCAAUGAUCCAAGUCUUCGAGUACUUCAUCUCUCACCACCAAGCCAAAUCAUUCGAAUCCGUCUUUGGUGGUGUCACCUGUCUCCCUGGAUGUUUCUCCAUGUACCGAAUCAAAGCCCCCAAGGGCGGCCAAAACUACUGGGUCCCGAUUCUCGCAAACCCCGACAUCGUUGAACACUACUCGGAAAACGUCGUCGACACCCUCCACAAGAAGAACCUGCUCCUUCUUGGUGAAGAUCGCUACCUCACGACCCUGAUGCUCAAGACCUUCCCGAAACGCAAACAGAUCUUCGUCCCCCAAGCCGUCUGCAAAACAGUCGUUCCUGACUCAUUCCUCGUCCUGCUCUCUCAGCGCCGUCGUUGGAUCAACAGUACCGUCCACAACCUCUUCGAACUGGUCCUCGUCCGUGAUCUGUGCGGAACCUUCUGUUUCAGCAUGCAGUUCGUCAUCUUCAUCGAGCUGAUCGGAACCCUCGUCCUACCCGCCGCCAUCUCAUUCACCAUCUACGUCGUCAUCGUCUCCAUCGUUAGGAGACCCGUCCAGAUCAUUCCGCUCGUUCUGCUUGCCCUGGUCUUGGGUCUGCCGGGUGUUUUGAUCGUCGUCACGGCACACAAACUCGUCUACGUGCUCUGGAUGUUGAUUUACCUCCUCUCGCUUCCGGUCUGGAACUUCAUUCUGCCCAUGUAUGCGUUCUGGAAGUUUGAUGACUUCAGUUGGGGUGACACCCGGAAGACUGCAGGGGAGCAGGACAAGGGACAUGGUGAUGGCGAGGGUGAGUUUGAUAGUACGAAGAUCACGAUGAAGCGGUGGCGGGAUUUUGAAAAAGAACGCCGCCUGCACAGUGCUUGGUCCCAGCCGCAAGCUUCGACGGAUCCUUAUCCUUCGCAGCACGAGACAUACUCACAUUUUUAA